ACUGAAAAACCGUCCUUUUCCGUCCACCCAAUAAAAAGAGUUGCCACUUUCGUCUGGUUCAUUCCGUCACCAAGCAAAUAAUUUCCCGGCCCGCACACAAACAGAAAAAAGCAAGAGAGAGAAAAAAAGGGAGGGAAAACCCUAGAGAGAGAAAGACGGAGAAAUGGACGGCAGCAACUCUACGGAGGCGGAGCGGUGGCUGACCAUAGCGGAGAAGCUACUCGCGUCACGUGACUUUCACGGGACAAGGACUUUCGCAAUCCGAGCUCGAGAAUCGGCUCCUGUCCUCGCCGAUCAAAUCCUCGCCGUGACAGAUACUCUCUUAGCCGCACAAGCCAAUCCUCAUGACUGGUACGGGAUUCUUCAACUCAUUCCUUUAACUCAGUCCAUGGAAGUAGUGGCGAGUCAGUAUAGGAAACUCGCUAUUCUUUUGAAUCCUGCGGAGAAUACGCUUUCGUUUGCAGAUCAGGCGUUUCGAUUAGUUUCUGAAGCUUGGAAUGUGUUGUCUAAUCCUUCUAAGAAGCUUAUUUAUGAUAAUGAGUUGAGAUUUCUUCAGUUUGGUCCGGUGAGUCAGAUGAAUCAACUCGGCCAGUUCAAUCAGCAGCAUUACCAUCAUCAACCAGAGCUUCAACAGCAACAGCAACCGCAAACGCAGAUGCUGUUCAUGCAACCGCAACCUCCUCCACCGCCUAAAGAAACGCAAACGCUGUUUAUGCAAACGCCGCAGAAGGAAACGCAAACGCAAGUUACGCAGUCACUAUUUGUGAGAAGUCCUAGGAGUAAUAACAAAGAUGGAAACGCGGAAUUAGAAGGAGGAAGACAGCUGGGUUUAAGUAAUACUCUACCUGAGUCAACUCGGCCGGCUGAGUCAGCUUGGACGAGGCAGAUUUAUCAGUUAGGUUUAGCUGAGCCGAGUCAGGUUAAUCAGACAGGAUCAGUUGGUUCGAGCCAUAUUAGUUGGCCGGAGCCUAUACGGCCUAGCCAGAUUAAUCGGCCUGAGCCUAUUCGGGCGAGCCAGGUUAAUCAGCCAGGAACAUCUAGCUCUAGUCAGUUUAAUCUGACUCAGCCGACUCGGACGGGUCAGAUCAAUAACACAGCAUCUCCUUCUCCUCCUCCUAAUCCUUCUCCUCCUACUUCUACUACGGAGCGUAGUCGGGCAGAGCCAACUAGUGUGACUCAGAAAACCAAUUUAACUCGUCCUGAUGAAGCUACUGAGUCAGAGGGACCGGCAUUCUGGACGCCAACUAGUGUGACUCAGAAAACAAAUUCGACUCGUCCUAAUGAAGCUAUUGAGUCAGAGGGACCGGCUUUCUGGACACCAACUAGUGUGACUCAGAAAACAAAUUCGGCUCGUCCUAAUCAAGCUACUGAGUCGGAAGGACCGGCUUUCUGGACGGCAUGUCCGUACUGUUACGUUCUCUACGAGUAUCCAAAUGCGUACAAGGAUUGUACACUUAGGUGUCAGACUAAGAACUGCCGGAGAGCUUUCCAUGCUAUGGUGAUACCUUCGCCGCCAUUCAACGGAAAUGACACAUAUUUCUGCUGUUGGGGGUUUUAUCCCUUAGGAUUUUCCGGGAAUGGUAAGAAUAUGGGCCGUAAAUUUCCCAGUUGGUCACCAAUUUCCUCCGUGUUUACUUGCUCUAACAACAAGGAUGAAGGAAAACAAAAGAACCCCAAAAAAUCUGCUCCAAGAGUGUUUUAUGAUGAAAAUGAUGUAUAUGUUGAGAUUUCUGAUCCGAGUAUGGGUUCUGAGGAUAAUGAUGAAUGACCAGAAAAAUGAAAGAACGACAAAAAAAAAGGCGGAGAAUGCUGAGGGUAAAGGAUCUAUGGGGGAGAAAUGCAAUGAAACAUAGACUGAAGUAAGGGAGUAAUGAAUAAUGACCAAGUUUAAUAUUGGUCUUUCUGCUAAUUGUAGUAAAUAAUUGGCUAUUGAAAACUUGAUGGACAUUAGAGGCCAUGGAUGAGAAAUACUCCUAAAUUGCUUCAGGUUAUCAUGUUUACUGCUUUUCUGUUUGUUUCAGUCUUGUACUGUAAUUUGAAUUGCUAUAUUUUACUGGUUUAGGGGUUUCAAUUGUAGUCAAAGCUUCUUUGUUGUA